GGUCGCCUUAUUAAAGGUGAAACGGCGCGGGGGGACGCGGGGCGAUGGAGUACGCGGAGGCGGAUUAUUACUACGGGGAGGCGGAGGAGGAGGAGGAGGAGGGCAACGGGACGGCGUGCGCCUGGCAGGCGGACUGGGAGGCGUCCUUCUCGCUGCUGCCCGCGCUCUACGCGCUGGUCUUCGCGCUGGGGCUGGCGGGCAACGCGCUGGUUUUGCUGACGGUGUGGCGCGGCCCCCGAGCCAAGCGGCGCUCCGCCGACGCCUACAUCGGCAACCUGGCGUUGGCCGACCUGGCCUUCGUGGCCACGCUGCCGCUGUGGGCCGCCUACACGGCGCUGCGCUUCCACUGGCCCUUCGGCGCGGCGCUCUGCAAGCUCAGCAGCUACCUGGUGCUGCUCAACAUGUUCGCCUCCGCCUUCUGCCUGGGCGGGCUGAGCGCCGAGCGUUACCGCGCCGUGCUCCGCGCCGCCCCCCCGCCGCCCCGCGCCGCUUCUGCGCGUCUCCGCCGCCCCGCGGCUCUGGGCCCUCUGGCCGCGCUGUGGGCGGCGGCGGCGGCGGCCGCUCUGCCCGCCCUGCUGCUCCGCGAGGCGCGGAGGGACGCGCGGAACCGCACGCUGUGCGACCUGCGGUUGUGGGGGGAGGGCGGCGGCGCGGAGCGGGCGGCGGCGGCGCUCAGCCUCGGCACCACCGCGCUGGGCUUCGCCGCUCCGCUGCUGCUCAUGGCCGUGUGCUACUGCUGCGUGGGGAGCGCCGUCCGCCGCCACCUGCGGCCCCGCAGAGCCGAAGCUGCGGCGAGGAGGAGGCUGCUGCGGUUGAUCGCCGCGCUGGUCGGGGUGUUCGCCGGCUGCUGGCUGCCUUUCCAUCUGCUGAAGAGCCUCUUCGUGCUGGCGGCGGCCGGGCUGCUGGAGCUGCCGUGCGCUCUGCUCGGCCUCAUCUCCCGCCUGCAUCCCUACGCCACCUGCCUCGCCUACCUCAACAGCUGCCUCAACCCGCUGCUCUACGCCUUCCUCGACGGCCGCUUCCGCGCGCAGUGCCGAGCGCUGCUGGGGCUGCGCGGAGCCCGACCGCCCCCCGCCGCCUCCUCCACGCCGAGCGCUCCGACGCAGCGCUCCGAGCUGCCCUCCUCGGGGGGCACCAAGGUGUAGCGGCGCCCCUUCCUCCCAAUAAA